UCUCCUCACUUUUGCUCUGAGGCAUCCGAGAAUCUAGACGAGUUUAAGUCAUUUACGCCUUUCUGUUGACUUGCAAACAUGAAGAACUUCUGGACAACUCUGAUCGCAUUCAGCGCCCUGAUUGCAACAGCACAACUCCUGACAUGCCAGAAGUGUUCAGUGUCUUUACUGGGCGGCUGUGCGACUGGGAAAGAGGAGGUCACAUGUGCAACUGGAGAGAGUUGCACCUUCUCAGAAGCAAGCUUCACAGCGAAAGGGUCGCCCACUCUGUACAGCCGGGGCUGCGUGGCCAACACCUUCUGUGGGACCACAAUCACCAACACCAUCAUCGGUAUUGAGUACAGCAGCAAAUACACCUGCUGCACCACAGACCUGUGCAACGGAGCCUCAGCUGUUCAGCUGUCUCUGACUGCUGGCCUCUGUGCCGCCAUCUUGUCCUCACUGUGGGGAUUCAUAUAGUUCAACAUGAAACCUACAGAUUACACAUGAUAAUCCUCUGAUUUUUCUUAUUCUUUAUUCAUUAAAUGAAGUUUUAACUUAUCAGCCUUAUGCUCCAGUUGGAACAGAUGGAAAAACAGAAAUGCAUAAAAUCCUUGUUCUUUUGGUACUAAUGGGUUUCCUUAUGAGGGUUAAUAAAGUAUCAUAUCCCAGCAAACAUGGAUAAUGUGUGUUGAGAAUUAUAAUAACAGAUUUUACUUUUCAGAAUAUUUGGGUUUACCUGCUGGAAAAAUAUUCAUUUUAGAUU